UUGCCUGAGGUUAUUAAGGCUCAUUAAUUCCCGUGGUACAUAGAUAAUUUUAUUUCUGACCGAUUUCAAUAAAAUAUUGUUUAUUUUUAAAACGGAAAAAAUGUACCAAUUUAUUACCUUCCCAGUAUAUUUGAAUCAGGUACCAUUGAUUAUAAGAGUUUUGUUGUUGCUAGGUUGUUGCUAUGUUACGUGUUUAUAAACAGAAUUGUUACUUGCUUAUAAACAGUACUUUGUUAUCAAGCUGUGUUUGCGUUAAAAACGUGUUUUCUACCCCAAAUAUAAUGGAGCAGAUUUUGAAAAAAGCUGAAAAAGCAAGAGAAUCAUUAAUUCCAUCGAAAAGUGAAGCCGUAUACCAAAAAGAAUACAAGAUAUAUCUGGAGUGGCUGACACGGAAUAAUGUUAUGCCAAAAGAUGCCACUGAAACUGUAUUACUGGCAUAUUUUCAAGAAUUGUCAGAAACGUAUAGUCCGAAUUCUUUAUGGACUAAAUGGUCAAUGCUAAAAUCGAAGGUGAAUAUACAUGAGAAACGAGAUAUCGCCAAGUUCAAUGAACUAGAGGCUUUUUUGAAACGGAAGAGUAAGAGUUAUAAGCCGAAAAAGUCUGCUGUUUUAUCUCCUAAUGAUGUUAUCAGAUUUCUAAAGAACGCUCCUAAUGAAAUUCAUUUAUUGCAUAAGGUUGUUUUGAUUAUGGGUUAUUUUGGAGGAUGCAGAAGUCAGGAACUUUUGAAUAUGAAGAUAUCGGAUAUAGAGGACCGGGAUUCCGUUAUGGUAGUGAACGUACCGGAAAGUAAAACUGGUGUAUCGAAGAAAUUUACAAUUGUGGAUGAAAAAGAGUUCUCUGCUUUGCCUUUAUUAAGACUUUAUAUGUCUUUGCGUCCUAAAGGUAUUGAACGAUUUUUUUUGCGCUUCCGACAAAAUAAAUGUACAUCUCAGCCAAUUGGAAAAAACAUGUUUGGGAAAAUUCCCAGCAAAAUCGCAAUGUAUUUAGGAUUGCCAAACCCAUCUUCCUAUACGGGACAUUGCCUUCGUCGCACUUCUGCUACUGUUCUAGCUAAUGCAGGAGCAACUAUGACUAACUUAAAAAGACACGGAGGUUGGAAAAGUUCCACGGUGGCGGAGGGGUAUCUGGAGGAUACUUUGCCAUUAGAAGAGGCAGGGUAG